AUGGCCAUGCCAAUGGCCUCCGCGGAGAAGGUCCUGGGUGCCUUUAUCUUUGCUCGCCAUGGUGACAGGACUCCUAAGGUCCUUUCCGACACCCAGCUCACCGACCUUGGAUACCAGGAGGUUUACCUUGCUGGAAGCUACUAUCAUGACCGAUACAUUUCCUCAACCUCAUCGCUGCAGAUUGCCGGUAUCAGCGAGGAGAUUGUCGACCAAAACCAGAUCACUGCAUCUGCUCCAUCCGAUAAAGUUCUUCAGAACUCUGCCACUGGCUUCCUGCAGGGUGUCUAUCCCCCAGUUGGAACAUCUGCUAGCCAGACCCUGGGUAAUGGAAGCUCGGUUUCAGCACCGUUGAACGGUUACCAGCUCAUUCCCCUCGAAAUCACCGAUACGAAUGCUGGUAGCGAGGACAACACCUGGCUCCAGGAUGCUACUGGUUGCUCAAAGGCAGUGGUCAGCAGCAACAACUACUAUACAUCCUCGCUAUACAACUCGCUGCUUGACUCUACCAAAGACUUUUACGGAUCGCUCUCCCCGGUGCUGAACUCAACUUUCACAGAGUCCAAAAUGACCUUCAAGAAUGCCUACACCAUCUUCGACUACCUUAACGUUGGAUGGAUCCACAACUCGACCAGCGACAUCCCAUCAUCGGAACUGCUGACUUCCGAUGUCAGACAUCAGUUGUUGGUGCUGGCAAACAGCCACGAAUACAACCUGGCAUACAAUGAAUCAGAGACUAUCCGCGCAAUCGCAGGAUCUACCCUAGCCGCAUCCGUCCUCAAAGGUCUCAACAAAACCAUCACUUCCAAGGCCAAAACAAAGCUGAACGUCGAGUUUGGUGCCUACGCAACCUUCCUCUCAUACUUUGGUCUGGCCCAACUGCCUUCUGUCGACGUUGCUUUCACAGGAAUCCCAGAUUACGCCUCCUCCAUGACCUGGGAACUCGUAACCAAUUCAACAUCCGACGAGUUCCCUUCGACAUCUGAGAUCAGCGUGCGAUUCCUCUUCCACAACGGAACCAUCACCGGAACAUCCACCCCCACAGAGUACCCCCUUUACGGCCAAUCCAGCACCACAAUCCCCUGGUCUGACUUCGUCGACCAGACGAACAAAAUCGCCGUCACCUCCAAGGAUGAGUGGUGCCAAGUUUGCGGUAACACUGAUGGCGAAUGUGCCUCGGCCUCCAGCUCCAGCUCCGGCUCGGACUCGUCUGCCAAUGCGGAUUCUGUGUCGUCGAAAUCGGGUGGUAUGUCGAAGGCUGUGGCGGGUGUUGUCGGUGCCAUGGUGACACUUGCGGUGAUUCUUGGACUCCAGGCUAUUUUCUUCUUUGUGGGUGGGUUUAGAAUUACAAAGAAGAGGAACGUUGCUCCCCCCAAGGAAGAAGUGUCUAUUGUCACGGAGGCAGAGGAUGUUUCAAAGGUCUAA